ACGAUGAGGAUUCUGCAGCUUCGGCAAAGUCGUUUGAAGAAGUCAGUCGACGGUCGCACGUCCUCGCGAAUCGGGGAAUAACGAUCAGACGGGCGAAGGAAAGAACGAAAAAAAAGGAAGGAAAGGAAAAGGGAAGAAGACAGACUCUGAGAAAAGGGGGCAGCUGGACCCGGAUCCCCUAAGUUUCACUGGCGAAAGGGUGUUUCGCUGAAACUGAUCGUUUCUUCUCGUCGAUUUCUUUCUACAUCUCGCGUCUUUCUUUUUUCGGCGAUCUCCGAUCUUCCCGCGAAGAUCCGCUCGUCGCUUUUCCGUUCCCUUUUCGCUUCUCGUGCAAGGAAGAUGCGUUGAAAAAGGAUCGACGAAGGAUGUCGAUGGACGAGGCACAUGGGGGCGGCAUGGUUUCCGCAAUCCUCUCCUCGGUUGUACUUCUUCUUCUGCUGGGACGCGCCGCGGACGCUCAAAGGAGCUUGGAAUUCUUCGAUCUUUUACCAGAAGACCCGAAGCUCUAUGACAAAAUGCGGCCGCCGAAAAAAGAUGGACAAGCAACUGUCGUCUACUUCCACGUUACCGUAAUGGGUCUCGAUUCUAUAGAUGAAAAUUCAAUGACGUAUGCAGCUGACAUAUUUUUCGCUCAAACCUGGAAAGAUAACAGGUUACGAUUGCCAGAAAACAUGACGUCUGAAUAUAGAUUAUUAGAAGUGGACUGGUUGAAGAAUAUGUGGCGGCCGGAUUCAUUCUUCAAGAAUGCCAAGUCCGUGACCUUCCAGACAAUGACCAUUCCUAAUCACUACUUGUGGCUAUACAAAGACAAGACUAUUUUAUACAUGGUCAAACUAACGCUGAAAUUAUCCUGCGCUAUGAAUUUCCUGAUCUAUCCUCACGAUACGCAGGAGUGCAAGCUACAAAUGGAAAGCUUGUCGCACACGACGGACGAAAUGAUCUUCCAGUGGGAUCCUGACGUGCCACUCGUCGUCGACGAGAACAUCGAGUUGCCGCAGCUGCAACUGGUUAAGAAUUAUACGGCCGAUUGCACGCAGGUCUAUUCGACAGGUAAUUUCACUUGCCUCGAGGUAGUCUUCGUCCUGAAACGUAGGCUCGGUUAUUAUUUGUUUCACACCUACGUUCCUACUUGUCUGAUCGUUAUUAUGUCGUGGGUCUCGUUUUGGAUAAAACCGGAAGCGGCACCAGCGAGAGUGACGUUGGGUGUAACUUCUUUGCUGACUCUGUCAACGCAGCACGCGAAGAGUCAAGCGUCCCUGCCUCCUGUUUCAUACUUGAAGGCAGUGGACGCGUUCAUGUCAGUCUGCACGGUGUUCGUGUUCAUGGCAUUGAUGGAGUAUUGUCUGGUGAACAUUGUCCUCGGCGAUUCGGACGCGCCGGCCGCGAAACCACCUCCACCGCCGCCACCGCCUUCUUGUAGUGGCGCAGAUACAGCGAAACUCGAUAAAAUAUUCGAUAUCGCCACUAAGGAGAACGCAAUGUUGUUGGCCGGCCGACCGCAGAACUCGUCGGCAGGUCCGAUACCAAGUAAUCUGCCAGGUCCAGCACGGGGUCCGCCACCGGGAGCGGUACGAGGACCGCCGCCAGGUCCGCCUCCGGGCCCUACACCGGCCCAAAAGGCGCGGAUGCGUGCCCUGAAUAUCGAUCGAGUCUCACGGGUCUUCUUCCCAUUCCUAUUCGCUGUAUUAAACGUAACUUAUUGGAUAAUGUUUGCCGAGUACAUUUAAGGAACACCGGAAAUCGAUUCCCCCGACCCUCGCAUUGGCUCCAAUGAGCCCGAAGAAGAAAGUAUGAGGAAGAAAAUGAAGAAAACACGGGGCACAGAGGAGAUUGUCGCGGGAAGAAAACGCGAGAAGACGCCGCUUUGACGGAACGAUAUCCGAAUCGUUCAUGAACACGUGGAGGAAUUAAAUAUGGCGUCCAUUAGGGCGUUGGUUGUAUGGUUAUAAUAAUUAUUAAGGUUGUUUUUUCAGUCGGCCGUAAUUAACGGGACAUUGAUGAAGAAGGUAGAAGAUGUUCAGGGUAAAUUAAAUAUUGGGUAGAUUGAAAAGUUUGGUACAAUCGGAUAAAGAAUAUUAACAGAAAGAUUCUCUGCCACUGAAACGGUUUGUUGUCGAAAAUUAUUAAAGCACUGCUCGUAGUUAUGUGUAAUUCGUAAAUAGAAAUGAUCAAACAUUUGUGCUUUGUUCAUUUGCACAAAGCGUACUUUUUAAUUGCAGACAAAUAUUCGCUAAGCAUUUGCUUUAAUUAAUUUUAUUUUUAUAUUAGAUUUUUUAAUAUUUAUGUUACAGUUUGUAAUAAUAAAUAAAAGUUGGAUGAAACGAAAAUCCUGAUAAACGAGAUACUAAUAUUAUUUGAAAGUAUGAUGAGAAUAAGUAACAAUGAUACAAUUCUAUAAUGAUUUGGUUAUUGUUCCUUGAUUGUACCAUAUUUUUCAAUCUACCCUGUGCGAUAAGGCAGCGUGAUAUUAGACUUCGUGUAAUAAGUUCGUUUUCAACUGAUUUUUGCGAGAGUUCACGAACUCAAUAAUUCAAUAUGAAUAGGCUAUCAGUUCUAUCACAUUGUAAGUAAAAAAAGAAGAAACAGAUAUUUGAAACUCAAUAAUAAGGUCAUUAAUCACAUCUGUACAAUGCUGCGGUGGUUGAUCCUUUUGUUCCCGAAUGAAUGGAAUUGAGAUAUUAAAAAAAAAGAUCUUGCACCGAGCAAUUGAUUCAAUUUGAUUGCACCUGAAUGAGUAAUUAAUGUUAUAUGAUCAUAUCAGAAGCUUUUAUCGUUAGUGAAGCAUGAAAAACUGAAGUAUUUGAACAUUUGCACGCAUGGUUUGUUACCUUUAACGAAUAGCUGAUUGAUGAAACUCGUUUCGCUUUUCGUUCAACGAAAUUAGCCAAUGCUAAUAAAAUUCAGCAACAAUUCUUAUCAAAUUAUUUAAAAGUUAUAUGAACGUUAACAUUAAUAGUAAUUUGUUUGGUUAUAAACAAGGAAUAAUUUUGUUACAAACAAAAUGAUAGUUACAUAGAAAUUAUACAUCUAUUUAAUUUGUUUAAAAUUCAUAUCUAAUUGUUAAUGUCCAAAAUAAAUUAGCUCAGAUAACGCAUUGCUAAUAAAGAAUUAUUUUUUGUUGUGAAGUGAAUAUAUUUAAAUUUAUUAUGAAUUUAAUUAUUAAUUUCUUAUUGAAGAAAGUUACUCGCUAUGAUACUUCUAAUGUCAUUAUUAACAACGUUUAAAGCGAAACAAGAAUAUUUUAACAUACAAAGAUCUUCAUAGGAUGGGCUAAAUAAAAAAUUGCAAGGCGCAGUCUCAAAGGCUACACACAGACAUUGAUAUUGAAUUCAUUCAACUGAGAAAACGCUGGAACUAAUACUGUGUUGAGUUUUCAAGGAAAUCGAAGAAUGUAAUAUUUUAUUUGGCUCAGUCUGUAUAAUAAUCGAAGAAAUAUAUCGAUCAAAAUGCAGAAGAAGAACUAAAAUACGCAUAUAUCACGCUAUUAAUUACAUUUGCUACGAAUUGAAAUUCGAAACCCGCAGAUUUUUGCAGUAGCGAUUUCAAACACGAUCUUCAAAGUUUAUCCUGUUUCAAUCCUGUUCCAACUAAGAAACAUGAAGCAUCGAAAGACAUUAAUAAAUCUUAACAGAAUAUCGAAUUAAUAACCUUGGCCGAAAGAAUUGGGGUGCUUUCGCCUACUUAAUUAUUAGUGAUGGGAUCGAAUUUAGUAUAAAAAUGAAUUAAUAUUCAAAUUUGUUUGUAUUAUAUUCAAACUACACUUACAAAAAUAAAUUCUUAGUUAUAUUGAUUUAUUUAGAAUGUUAGUAUUUACUAAAAAGUAUACUAUGUAAUUGUUUGCUUUAAUUGUCUUAAAAAUCAGCUUUCGAAGUGUCGAUAUACAUAUAUCUUGAGGACACAAGAAAAAUUGGAAUACCUGCUUUGAAUUAGUGAACCUGAUUUUUACUCGAAUGAAAGCUUUUCCGAUUAUUACUAUUAUCGUUAUUACUAUUACUAUUACUAUUACUAUUAUUAUUAUUAUUAUUAU